AUGAAGAUAUGGAUCACCAUCAUGGCAACCGUGGCCAGUGUAGUCUCUCCUAUGACAGCCCACAUCUACUUCCCGGCACUGGAUGCUAUAGCCGAAGAGCUCAACGUCUCCAUUUCGCUCAUCAACUUCACCCUGACAUCCUACAUGAUCUUCCAGGGCAUUGCGCCAACGAUCUUUGGUGAUUUCGGCGACAUGGCCGGCCGUCGACCCGCUUUUAUCGUGGCCUUCAUCAUCUACCUAUUUGCCAACAUCGGCCUCGCCCUACAACGCGACUACGCUGCGCUCCUUGUAUUACGAUGCCUUCAGUCAGCAGGAAGCAGUGGGACCCUUGCUCUUUCGUACGCCGUUGUUGCGGACAUCACACCAACCGCCGAGAGGGGGAAGUAUAUGGGCUUCGUCAGCGUUGGAAUCAACAUUGGGCCGGCUAUUGGUCCAGUGAUAGGGGGGUUGCUGAGUCAAUACCUUGGAUGGCCAUCCAUUUUCUGGUUCUGCGCUAUCUUUGUUGCCGUAUGGCUGGUUCCAUGGGUUGCCACGGUUCCCGAAAUGUGUCGAAACGUUGUCGGAAAUGGUACAAUUCCACCCCAAUCAUGGAACAUCACUUUGGUUGAGUUUCUAAAGAGGAGAAAAUCGGGCGAGGAACGAGAGCCUGGCCCCAAGAGAAAGCUGCGGUUCCCCAAUCCCCUGGGCACUUUGCUCAUAACUUUCGACAAGCAGAUGAGCCAGAUUCUGCUCAUUGCAGCCAUUAUUUACUGCAACUUCAUUCUCGUUGCGGCCACGUUAUCGACACUAUUCACAGAAAUCUAUAACUACAACGAGCUAGAGGUCGGGCUAUGCUUCUUGCCGUACGGUCUCGGAUGCUGCAUGACAGUUGUUCUGCAAGGAUACGUCGUGGACUGGAACUACCGCCGUAUCGCAAAGAAGCUGGGAGUCGACCCGAGCCAUGGGCGGCGAAACGAAAUCGGCAACUUUCCAAUAGAAUCUGCUCGCAUUCAACCCAUCUAUCCUUCUUUAUUAGCAGGCGCCGCUGCUGUCAUUGGCUAUGGCUGGGCAUUGCAAGCAGAGACGAGUGUGGCCGUGCCCCUCGUCCUUAUAUUCUUUAUCGGCAUGCUAGUCCCAAGCACAUUUAGCAUUCUCAACACCCUUAUUGUUGAUUUAUAUCCUGGCUCGCCAGCUACGGCUGCAGCGGCCAACAAUCUCGUCCGCUGUUUGUUUGGAGCGGGGGCCACUGCCGUUGUGGAUUACAUGAUUGAUGCCAUGGGUCGAGGCUGGUGCUUUACGUUCCUAGCACUGCUCAUGGUAGCAUGCCUGCCUUGGCUUAGAUUCAUUGAGAAGCGAGGCCCUCGUUGGAGGGCUGAAAAGUUGAAGAGGAAAAACAGCACUGACAGUGAGCAAGCAGAGUCGAGGAUGACAGAGACGAGAUAA